AUGAUGAUCAGGACACAAUCAUCAUCGAUUCAUAAAUGUCUAUUUUAUAGUAGUAGUAGCAAUAAUCAUCAUGAAAGAAUUGCAAAUACAAACAACAAUAAUAAUAAUACUAAUAUAAAGAAUAAUAAUACUAAUUAUAAUAAUAAUAAUAAUAUAAAGAAUAAUAAUAAUAUAACAGAACAAAUAAAUAAACUUAAAGAAUCAAAUCAAUUGGUAUUGGAGAGAUUCAAUCAAUUGAUUAACUUUGGUAUAAACAAACAACAAAAAAGAACGGCUGUUGUUGAAGAAAAGAAUAGAAAAGAACAACAAGAAGAAUAUGUACAAGAGAAAAAAGAUGAUGAUGAACUGGAAUAUGAAUAUGAAGAAGUUGAUAAAUUAAAAAGAAGAAAGUUUAAAGUAAGAGGAGUCAAUUCAUUGGAGAGUGGAUUGACGGUGGUUGUAGAGUUUGGAGAAUGGACCGGUCGAUUCAAGAAUAUUGACCAACCGAUCCACUUGGAUUUGGGGUGUGGUCUUGGCGAUAUGUUGAUCAAUCAUGCAUUGACAAGCGAUAAAUGGAAUCAUAUUGGUAUGGACAUUAGAGAUAUUUGUAUAGAAGAGGCAAACGAUCGGUUAAAGAAAUUACAAUGGACGCGAGACAUCAAGUUGGGUAAUAUAGCGUUUGUCAAUGCCAAUGCCCAAUGUAAUAUAAUGUCACUACAACAAUCACUGCCCACUGGCAGUUCGAUCGAGCGAAUCAGUAUCAUGUUUCCCGAUCCAUGGAGGAAAAAGAGAUACAGUAAACGUCGGUUGGUAAAUGCAAACCUAAUCGACGAUAUGGUUAAAGUGUUACCAUCUGGUGGUAGAAUAUACAUCAUGACAGACGUACAACAAAUGUACCAACAUAUCUUGGACGAGUUUGCAAGUAGUCCCACAUCACCGUCCAUCAAAAAAAUAGAAAUCACAGAACAAGAAUGGUUGGAUGCAAUCCCUCGAUCCAAACGAAGGGAUUAUCUUGAAAGAGCUGGAUAUAGUAUAGUGGUAGAGAUAAUAUGUGUAUAUGAUAAUAAGACAUAA